CUCCUAUAAAGACGCACAUAAAAUGUGAUUGUGGCUAUGCAAGUUAUAUGGAUAUAUCCUCAUCCACCGGAACGUGCCGUCUCCCACCACGUGCCUGUCGUAGUGUCGCAUUCGCGUUCACCGAUUAUGCAAUUGAGCUGUAAUAUUUUGCGACUUCGGCGAACGAGGAGAGUUAAGGCAUUAUCGAUUAUGAUCGCGAAUGUAUGUAUGUUUCUUGCGCGACGGUGAACGCGCGUCGAGGACCGAAGGCGCAUGAAUUCGUCGAUGCACGCGAAACGACACAUGCGCGUGUGUAUACAUGCGUGUUUGAUUACCUUUUUUGCAACGUUUCGAAAGUCACUUAUUAGUCGUCACGGAGAUAAUGAUUUUAUUUCUUUCUUUACGAGAACGUUCUGAAAGAGAGAGGAUGUAGAAAAAGUGACGUUAUCUCAUGACAAAAUGAUUUUACAUUCUUAUCUAAUCAUGUUUACAGAAUGGCAGGUGUUGUAUAUGUGAUGGGACUGCUGUUGUUAGGAGGAGCAUCAGCAUGGACCGUUGAUAUUGCAGAUAACAUAACUGUACAUAUGAAUCAAGUAAUAUCAGUCCCAUUCAGUGUACAUGUUGGUGAUACGUCCAGACCAAGUAUGUGGUAUUUUAAUACCGACCAACAUAUUGCAAAACUAAGUUCUGAAUUUACAAAGUCAAACGGAACUUUAUUCAGUGGUAUCUUUAAUAUCACUGGCGUAUUCCUUGGUAGGACGACAUUAACGUUUACUGUGACAGAAAUGACGAUUAAAGAGGAUCGAGAAGUAGCUGUUAUUACCGUAAUACGAGAGGAACGUAUAAUAGACACUGUAUUUACUGCCAGUGUAGCAAUACUUGUAUCCAUUUUGUAUAUUAAUUUUGGUUGUGCUAUAGAUUGGAACGUAUGUCGCAAUACAUUAAGAAGGCCAAUAGGUCCAGCCAUAGGUUUCUUCUGCCAGUUCCUGAUCAUGCCAUUGUUAAGUUUUCUCAUUGGAUAUCUUUUAUUUCCUGAUCGUCCUGAACUGCAAAUAGGCAUGUUCUUCACAGGGAUAAGUCCAAGUGGUGGCGCUUCUAAUAUGUGGACACUGUUACUUGAUGGCAAUCUGAAUCUUUCAAUCACAAUGACUACUAUAUGUACCAUUGCUGCAUUUGGAAUGAUGCCAUUUUGGGUCUUCACAUUGGGUAGAUAUAUUUUCGCACAGGGAAAAAUUGCAGUUCCCUAUGAGCAUAUCGCAACUUUCGUAAUUGGUCUUGUAAUUCCACUGGCCAUAGGAUUUAUCAUUCAAAAAAAGUUUCCAAGAGUAUCGAAGAUAUUGGUCCGAGUAAUGAAACCUUGCUCUGUGAUUUUAAUUAUAUUCAUUAUUAUAUUUGCCAUCAUGACUAAUCUAUAUAUAUUUCAACUGUUUACAUGGAAGAUCAUAAUCGCAGGAAUGGGUUUACCCUGGUUAGGUUUUACAUUUGGUUUUAUAAUAGCGUAUAUUUGCAAGCAACCUCAAGCUGAUAUACGGGCGAUUGCCAUUGAAACUGGUAUUCAGAAUACAGGCGUGGCGAUCUUUUUGUUACGAUUUACAUUGAAGGCACCCGCUGACGACCUAACUACUGUGGUUCCUGUAUCUGCCGCAAUGAUGACACCGGUUCCAUUAACAAUUUUAUUUAUAAUAAAAUUGAUUUAUAAAUACAAGCAAAAAAAAACGGCAAAAGGGACACUACAGUCUGCUCCAUCGUUAGAAAAACUCCAACAAACUACAAACGUUUCUACGCAAUGA